AUGGAGGUCCAUCCACCUCCGGUGGAGGAGCGGCGGCGACUGCAGGAGGAGCUGAACCAGUUCGUAGAGGGCUGCUACCGAAAGCUGGAAGAGGUGACAGCGACUCUGGGCUGGAGCUUGGAUCAGCUGGAUCCCGGGGAAGAGGAGGCGGAGGAGGAUGAAGUUGUAAUCUGCCCUUAUGAUUCCAGUCAUCAUAUGCCUAAAUCAUCUUUAGCAAAGCACAUGGUAUCAUGUAGAUUGAGGAAACUGGACUAUACCAAAGAAGAAGAGGAUGAAAUGUAUAAUCCUGAAUUUUUUUAUAAGAAUGUGAACAUACCUUCAGUUACUCUGAAUAAAGACUUACAAUUACAGAUAAUUAAACAAGCUAGAACUGCAGAUGGAAAAGAUGGUGAAUCUUCUAAUCAAAAUAUUUAUUCUGCAUUGCCUGCUGAAGUGCCUUUGAAUCACAAACGAUUUGUUUGUGACCUAACUCAAGCUGAUCGCCUUGCCAUCUAUGACUUUGUAGUUGGUGAAACAACGAAAAAGCGCUCCAGUUCUCAAAUCAUUGAAAAUGACAGUGAUCUUUUUGUAGACUUGGCUGCUAAAGUUAAUCAAGAUAAUAGUCAAAAAUGCCCCAAAUCUUACCUUGAAAUUCUGGCAGAAGUGAGAGAUUAUAAAAGACGACGCCAGUCUUACAGAGCUAAGAAUGUGCACAUAACCAAGAAAUCAUACACUGAGGUGAUUCGGGAUGUGAUAAAUGUACACAUGGAAGAACUUAGUAAUCAGUGGCAAGAAGAGCAGGAAAAAUCAGAGGAUGGUGCCGUAAAAAGGGAAGAUAGGCGAUCAGCUUCAGUAGAUUCAUGGCAGUCUCGUGGAAGCUAUAUGGAUGCUGAAUGCUCACGACAUAGAAGAGAUCGGAGUCGGAGCCCACAUAAACGAAAGAAAAAUAAAGAUAAGGAUAGAAGCUUGGACUCUAGAAGAAGGAAAGAGAGGGAUGGAGAAAGAUACCAUAGUCAUAAAAGAAGAAAGCAAUAA